AUGGAACAAUACGAAAGAAGACAAUCGACGAUCGACUUCGAUCCCAUGUGCGACAAGCAGAACCCUCUAAGAAUUUAUUUUGAAGAUGUUUCGGCAGCUGCUUUCAGAAUUCAAAGUGGGAUUAUAAAAACGCCAUGCGUAAAAUCUCACAUGUCUUCCAUUUAUGGCAUGGAUAUUUACCUCAAGAACGACUUCCUUCAACAUACUGGAAGUUUCAAAGAGAGAGGAGCGCGCAACGCGUUGAUAUUACUUUCUCCGGAAGCCAAGGCUCGUGGUGUAAUAUCUGCUUCACUGGGAAACCAUUCUCAAGGUCUAAGCUAUCAUGCCAAGCAACUAAAUAUACCAACUACGGUGGUUAUGCCCAAUGUGGCCCCCAUAAUGAAAAUACAAAACUGUAGAUCAUACGGUGCUAAUGUUAUUAUACACGGCCAUAACAUGAUGGAAGCAAAAUUCCAUGCUAUGAUGUUGGCUAAAGCUGAGGGACUCACUUACAUCAAUGGAUAUGAUCACCCACACAUAAUGGCUGGCCAGGGAACUGUUGGUUUGGAGAUAUUAGAACAAGUGCCCGACGUAGAUGCUGUGCUAGUUCCCGUAGGGGGCGGCGGACUGUUAGCCGGAGUUGCUACUGCGAUUAAGCACAUUAAGCCACACGUUCUUAUUUAUGGUGUAGAAUCGGAAAAGUGUCCAAGCAUGCAAUCCGCAAUUCAGAAUGAAGGGCCAACGAGUGUAGAGAUAAGAUCGACGCUCGCGGAUGGUCUCGCUGUACCUACUGUUGGAUACAAUGCUUUUGUCACCGUGAAGCCGCUCCUUGAUAAAUUGAUAACAGUUAAUGAAGACUGGAUAGCGCGAGCCAUCUUGCGUCUUGUGGAGCAAGAGAAAUUUGUGGUUGAAGGCGGCGGAGCAGUCUGCGUGGCGGCCAUUAUGGCAGGCUUAGCAGAUGACUUAAUUGGCAAAAAAAUCGUAUGCAUUUUAUCGGGGGGUAACAUCGACACGACGAUCCUCGGGCGCUGCCUCGAGAGAGGGCUGGCGGCGGAAGAACGCUUAGUCAAGUUUAAAGUGAAGGUCAGCGACCGUCCCGGCGGCAUCGCAGAGCUUUGCAAGCUUAUAUUCUCUAUCGGAGUGUCCAUUAAGGACAUUAUGCAGGAACGCGCUUGGGUCUGCGGAGACAUAUUCAGUGUUAGCGUGAAAGUCGUAUGUGAAACAACGGGACCUGAACAUAUGGACGAACUUCGCGAACUAAUAGCUAGCACCUAUAAAGAAUGGUAUUUCUCCAGAGAAAAGGACUACAUCGACCGAAGACCGAGCACUGAUUCUCUUGACAAUGUAUCUCAU